AUGAAGUGGAAGCAAGUGCUUUUCCGUUCCUGCCUCAUGGCUUUAGUGCUUCUGAUUGGUAUGUAUGAUUUGCAAUAAUAACUACAAGGAAAGGCUGAAUUUCAGCAAGGAAUAAUAGGGCAACAAAUGGCAGCAUUUGUCAGUUUAAUGGGAUGAGAGAGACUGUAGUUUUUCCAUCAAAUCACCAAAUGCUAAAAGAUAUUCAGUUUCUAGCUACUACACCAGCAAUACUGCUUUUAAGCUAUGUCCAGGAUAUAGACUAAACCUUAGUGCAUUUGCUAUCCAAGGCAUGUUAAGAAGAACAAUUAUCUUUGCCAUGUUAUAAUAUAUCAGGUAACAGUUUUAAAAAAUCAUCUGUGAUUUUCUCCAAGAUUCUGUACUUACUCUCACUAAAUCCAAAACUGGGUUUAUACUUCACCUUCUCUAGUUCUUGAAGAAGGUGGUGCCGUGGCUGUGGAGUCCAAGAAAGCAGCAGCUGGAGAACUCAGCAAGGAAAGUAAGUGGGGAGAUUCAAUUUUAUUAAUUAACUGGCUUUGGAAAGGGAUAAGACAAUAUAAACAAGACACAUAUUUACUUUAAACAUUUUUGAAAAUAAAUAACCCCCACCCAUUUCUCAUCAGUGGUCAGGCUCCCUUAUUUUUCUACUUCCAGGUGUUAAAAAGAGAGUCUUCAUGAAGGAAUCAGAUGCCUCUAACUUUUUCAAGAAAAGAGGCAAAAGAUCUACCAAGUCCAGAGACGAGCUCAAUGGUGAGACUGUUUUGGAAGCUGUUUACGGAAAGCUGUGAUUUAUUUAAUGUUCCUUUAAUCUCUUGUUUUUUGGGCACAUUCCUAAAUUGUCUGCCACGCUGUGAAAUAUUUAUCAACUGAUCAGUGAAGAUUAGAACAGGCUCCUUACUCUUCUGAUUUUCAUAUCGAAACACCCAUGUAUGCAGUGGUCACCACUAUCCAUUUAUCUGAUUGAAUACGACUACUCUAGAGUAAUAGGCAGUGGGAUGUCAAAGACUGGCACAUGGGUGCGGAGGAGUGAUAGUAGAAGGCAGCAGGAAGAAAAAAUAAGAAAGUUUGCUUGUGUAAGUCAGUACUUGAAAAACUCUUUGUAGCUGGGGGUUUUCAUUUAAUUUCUUAAUACGCAUAUUUAUUGGCUGCAUUUCUAAAUUAGCUAAGUUGUUGCUUUGGAAACUGAAAUGUAUUUGAAAGUAUGAGAUGUUUCUUAAUUAGUUUAAACCACAUGGUGGUCCAUUAGGGGGACAGAGUGGGAGGUGCAGGGCAUCCUGGUGAACUCAAGAUACCUGAGUGCAAUGCAGAGACCUGCUCUGUCUCCUUCUGCAGUUUAGGGAAGAAGCUGAACAAGCACAGGCUUGGCCACAUCCAGACGUUAUUUAGCUGUUAAUUCUCUUUGCCCUCGUUGGAAUUAGACCAGAGUAGUCCACAGAUAAAAGUAUUUGAAUUUGUAUUUGUAUAUGGGGAGCAACUUUGGCCUUUUUGUGUUUGUCCCUGCCUUUUAAUCUGUUGCCUUCUAAUCUAUUACGCCAGUUGAGUACUGACAGGGUGUGCGCAGACAGCUUUGCAUGCCCCUUGCAUUCUUAAGAAAAAAUCUGACCCAAGUCGUAUGCAAAAUAUGUCUAUAACUAGACUCCAUCAUUCAGGAGUGUGCAGGAAAUAGUUACACGCACAUUCAGAAGUAGUGGGUGUGGAAAGGGGAGUGACAGGAAAUGAUGACUGAUCACCCCAAUUUACUAGAUUAUCUCUGUUUUGGGAAAACCUGAUUUUACAGAGGGGGAAAAGCACUGAGAUUGGUGCUGUUUGAUAGUCAUGUGGACUAUGCAAAUUAAAUGGGAAGUCAGCUGCAUGCACACCCGAAACUCUGGGGUGGGCAGGCCCUGCAAGACCAGAUUCAGCCCCCCUUGGUAGAACCCUAAACAGCAUUCAUAGAAAUGCACACCUGACUUCAUUUAAAGUAAUUAUUUAAAAAGUACUGUCAGCGAUUGAUCUUGCCUUCUAGCAACCAGGGCUGGCUCAGACUGUUUUGUCACUCCUGGGCAGGCAGCAUUUUGCAUCCCUGACUCCUGCAGUUUUUGUCAUUAGCUUAAUAACACAAAGGGAGUUGUGUGCAGCACUUUCCCAGGGCUAGCAGGCAAAAACAUGCCUGGAGCGUUUGGGGCAAGCAGCCAGACUUACACACAAAGGAUAGAGUUGGCACCCACUCUGAGACACACGCAGGCCGGACAGCCCCUCCUGCAUUUCAUUUUCUCACCACUCCCAGGACAUUUAACAGCUGGAAGUGACCACCAAACAUGACCCCUCUCAACAUAGAACUUGACUGAGACAAUAAUAAAGACAAUACUAUCUCUUUCCUUGUGCAUCACAUGGAUGGAGCACUUAAAAUGCAGGAAACAAAAGCCAAACGUGGUUGAUCCAAUGUGUCGCAUGCCUUUCCAAGUCAGAAUUCCUUUAUUGGCAUCCCUCCGCCACUGCUUGCUACCCUCAACUCAACAACCCAUAAUACUUAAACUGAACAACAAAAAAUACACAGGAUCCUUGCUUCUUGGCACCCAUCAAGAGUUAAUGGAGCGGGCCUCCAGGGCUGAAACCAAACUGCUGGAGAAUCACAGCACCCUCUGUGGCUGCAGAGACAGAUAACUUGUACCUGCUGCCUCCCACAUUCUUUUUGCUGCAUUUGCAACACCCAAGUGACCUUUCUGGGGCGCAAGCCUGGGCUGUGUGUAUGGAGGUCCUGCGCUGCCCAGUUGACAAAACCCCCCUUUCAGCCUCUCUGGUGGGGUCCAAAGGAAAACAGAGCAAGUCUUCUGGCACCAGCUGGGCUGCGGGAGUUGCUGGAAGGAGGCACACCAGGCGCCAGCCAGCCGUCUUACACAGAUCCCUGAAACAGUCUUCGUUCUCCUUUUGAAUACUUUUGACUUCACAGAGCGAUGCUCCUUGAUUAAGAGCAGCUGAGUGGCGCAGCUGGGUGCAGUGCCUUGGACAGGUCAGAAAUCCUCACCCUCAUCUCGUAGGAUCUUCCUACAAGAUAGUGCAGGCUAGCAAGAGAGGAAAGUUUCCAUUCCCUCUUCUGAGAACCUCACUCAGAGCAGAGGUGAGUCUCUCCGUUGGGCAUCUUAUGCAAUCUACAGAAUCCAGUGGUAAAGCUUUUUCUGGACUGUACUACUGCAGAAUGCAGUUAUGGGUUUGUGGGUUUAUUACUCCCCACUCUUUUUACUUAAAAGCACAACAGCACCCCACAUUAUCAGGGACUCAGGGAGAAUGUUAGGCUGAGCUUUUCUCCCUGAGAUGCUACUUUUCUACACAUGGGGUGUUUUCUGUGGGGCAGCAGGCAGCCAAAUAAACAAAGACCUUAGAAUAUCGAACAGCAGUGAACUUUUCUGUUGUUAAUUGCACUUUCUGUUAAUGAUCAGCUGGGGAGAUGAAGGGCAUGGGUAGAUUUCCUCAAGUGCAGGUAUUCCAAACUCACAGAAUCACCAUCAGAGGCACCAAAAGGCCACCCAGUGCUAAGUCCCUGACUCAGAGUGGAACCACUCACACCCCGAACUCACUCAGAUUACCCCCCCACAGCCCAGAGCAAAUUAUGUUGAUAACAGAGCACAAGUGUACAGAAGAUUUUGCAGACCAAGAACCUCAUGAGGAUGAAAAUGAAUAAUGCAAACUAGCUGCUUGCUGCAAGCAAAAUAAGGUGACUAAUUUUGAGGCUAUAAAACAUCACCAGUUUGGAUUCUUUUUGCCUAUUUAGUCUAAAAAACACGUUAAUUCUUGCUACUUCAAGGGGUGGGCUUUUGCACUCCUUUUUAGCUGGAUUAACUCUUAAAUAGUUGGGGUUAAUCCAAUAAUUGGAUAGCAUUAAUAAAUGUUAUUUUUCUGUUUUAAAAUAGAAAAGCAUUUCGAGACUUGCACGUGGCGUGUGAGCUGCAGGCUUUCCAUUCUUGCUCUAAGCACUCGAAGGCUUACAGUCAAGGGAGAUUUAUAGGACAUUUAUAUUGAAGUGGCUCGGUGCAACAAGAGCAAAGCAUCCCUCAGUCCCUUUUCAGGCCUGCUGGCUAAUACUCUGCUCAUCUUCCAAUACAGCCGAGACCCGCCAGAUGCUGGCUGCUGACGAACAAAGGAGGGAAUACUAUGAGGAGCAGAGGAACGAGUUUGAGAACUUUGUUGAGGAAGAGCGUGAUGGUAAGACCUCAGGGUUUAGCCACAGAAGCAAAAGGGGUGUCAUGUGUUUUCCAUGCUUUGGUUGCACAUUUGAUCACUGCAAGCGCCACACGCCACAAUGUAGAAAAAUGCAUGUGCUGAUAUCCUCGCAAUCUGCGGGGGACAAUGGAGAACAGCAAGGUUUGGGGAAGUGCCGCUGUACCCUUUAAAGCAGAGGUGAUGAACCUCUGGCCAAGUCUGGAUGGCUGCAGUUUAACCACCUGUGCCCUAAAUAAAAACCUCAUGGAGUCUUCCUUAGCUUGUGAAUUGUGGCUUGCAGUGACGACAGAAGGUUUCUUGUGAAAUGCAAGUGAUGUUAAGAAAGAGAACUUUCUUUGCUUUCAGGAUACUGUUGCAAAAGUCUCCAUUUCAUGAGAUCCUAUCUGUAGUUUUGAAGAGAAUUGUUCUUAACAUGUGAGUUACUUAAUACCACUAGGACACACACAACAAACUCCUUCUUGUCUCAGGUUGCCAAUUGUUCUGAUUUUGUGAGCGUCGUUCAGCGGAGGACAAUCAUGUAUUGAAUAUUUUUUUUAAAAGCAAACCCUGAAAGCAUAUUCAGAGGGAGGCAGAAACAGUUUGGGAAACGUGUACUAAAUAUGGAAAUGAACUUCUAAACUGUGGCACACACUGCUCAAGAGCCGUUGGGUCCCCGGAUCCUGUGCAGAGGCUGGUAGCCACUUUGUCAGCCCGGCAGAUGUGGCAGCUCUGAUCCAAUUCCCUUUCAAAACAAGUAUUUGGAUGGAAUUUUCCAAUACUGUCAUCUGAAUGUAGCCCUUUUUCAGGCCCCAUAACAAAAUGCUUUGCAUUUCCUGCCCCAGCAGAGCACAAGCCCUCCAACAUUCCCCUGAUGAAAAUAAGGACAUUCUAUUCUACAUCAGUACAACUGCUAGUUAGUUGGAUUUAUUGAUUUGGGGUUUCCUUUUCCCCCUCAGGCUUCCCUAAAUGCACUUCAUAAGUUCAAAGAUUUCUGUGCUUAAAAUACUGCAGUCUUGUGUGUUUCCUCUAAUAACUUUUGUACUUGACCAGGAGGAAAUGCUCCAGCGGUGGUUCUGAUGUAGAACAGAAUGUCCCUAUUUUCAUCUGAGAAAUGUUGGAGAGUAUGAUAAAAAUCAUGCUAUCAGUUCCAUCUUGGUUGGUGUUCAGCACUGACUGAAGGCCUCACAGUUGUUUUUAAAUGUAUAGGAAACCUAGUAGGAAAGCAAAACCCCCAAAGGCGAGGUACUCAACAAGCCAGAGAUGCCUGUGUAGCUAAAACAAAUCCUGGUGAAAUCCCCAACGCACCAUCUAGUUCCACCUUUUGAGAUGGGUUUGAGGAUGUGGACAGGACACAGCUUAACCACAGUCCUCUUGACCGGAGUUUGUUGUGAGAGGGGAUCCCCACUUCUUUGAAGGAGGCAAGCCCUCUCUGAGCCCAGGGGGGUAUUAGAUAACUAGCUCUCAAUGGGGGGGGGACGACAGUAAGUUGAUUGAGAGGGUGGUGGGUGGACAACUGCCACUUGGAUGAAGCUGAGUAGCCAGAUACAUUUAAGCUUCUCGUUAAAAUGGGAGAAUUAAAUUCAGCCGACUCACUCUUUUUAACCCAAGUCCAACAUAUGCAUUCCCAAGGGUGAUUUUUGGCUGACUUCCUUUAAAUGACCCGGUCCCAUUGUCUGCUUUGGAAACUUCCCUCCGUUUCAAAAGUACGGUAAUAUGUUGUGCAGCAUGUUGAGGAACUUAGUCCAAACCUUCUUCAUUGCAAAGAACUAAGCAGGGCUGUGUGGUUUUUUGGAUUCUGAUUUAAUUUAAUGUAGUAACAGUUCCUCAAGAAAUACAAGUUACAUCAUGGGUUCUGGCAUAACACGGAGGGGCUUCAGAAACCCUGAAGAGAGUAAAAAAAUCAGUCUGAAUUGUUGCCUUGUGCUUUGCUUGCUCCUCAGCCACAAAUGAAAGUACUUCUUCCUAUACAUAUUUUUUCCUACCUAGUAAAUCAUGUUGCUUUUAACCAUACCACCACAUCAUUUCCAUACCACCACACCAUUUCCACAUUCGGCAGGGAAUGCAAAUAUGGGAGGAAGUUUUCCAUCAAAAUUUGUUCUCUGGAAUUCCAAGUGCAGCCCCAACUGAAUGCUGCUCUUUGCAUCAAGCGUGUCUGCCUGGUGUGUCAAUAAAUCCAGAUAUUUUUUCCAGAGCUGCCCUUUCCCUGUAAUGGUGGAUACUCUUGACAUACGCUGAUACUGCCAGAUUUCUAGAUAUUCUGAAGCUGGAAAAGGGAGAUUCAUCUUACCCUCAGUUUUUACUUCUUAAGCGGCACAUUCCUAUGCUUGUCUCCUCAGAUGUAAGCUCCACUUAGUUCAGUAGGGCAGGAAUUGGAUAUGCAAACCUUAGAACAUGAAAGCAUGUACAUCAAAUUGUAAUGUCUGCUGUCCUUAUUGAAAAGGAUAGUUUUAACUUGGUAUACAAUAGUUAAAGAUUAUUAAUAAUUAAUGUAAAAUCUCAAAAUUGGAAGACCAGGAAAUCAUAAAUAAUGAAGAGCCUCAUUGGUUUGAAGACCUACAAAUAAUGUAUGUUUAAAAGCUGCAAGAUUUCAUUUAGAAAAAACAAAACAAAACAAAACAAAACAAAAUGUACCACUGGCAAUAUUUUGUAUCUUUUUUCUUUUCCAAUUAAUAUAUUUUCUUUUCCAAUUAAUAUAUUUCUGUAAGGAGUAAGAAAUAACUUUCAAUCUUCUAUUGUGACCCUGCCCAGUCAUACAGAAAUAUUGAAAAUGUUAGAUAUUUAAUUUAUAGAAUCACAAAUAUUAAUAGAUUCGGAACCUAUGACACUUUAAUUGACCUACAAAAUGUCUUAGGACCUAUUAGGAGUUAUUUUCUUACAUGAUGAGUACUGCAAGGGUGCUAAAUAUCAGAGAUCAGAAAUUCCAUUUCAGUUAGAAUAAAGAUUAGGUCUAUCUCUGUUGGAAAACAAACUACAUCUUUGUAGACCCUGCAUGGGGACUUACUAUAAAAAGGUCCUAGAUAAAAUCCAGACAAUGUCUGUUCAGAGAAGAGGCACCAUUAGCCUGGGAGGCAGCAGGCUUUGUGACCUCCACUCUGCCGGAAAUUUUCACGGAUCCCCAACUGUUCCAUCCCCCACCGACUCCUAAGUUCCCCUCUCUGCAACCCCCCCAUUGAAUUGCCAUGGAUCCUCUCUUGUAGACGGUUUUAUGAAUAUACAAAAGGAGUUUCCCCCUGAGGUGAACAAGCAACAAGCAAACCUAACCAAACCAGAACGUGGGUCAUGUUCACCACCAAUGAUUUAAUUUUACUUCUCUUCCCUCUACAGAGCAGGAUGAGAGAAGCCGAGAGCAGAUUGAGCAAUGGCGCCAGUACCAUUAUGACGGUCUCUACCCACCGUACCUAUAUAACCGGCACAUUGUCUAG